AUGAGAUCUCCACCUGCUGCCGAGCUUGCCUCUGGUGCUCCCCUUCUUGGUAGCCAGCAAAAUGGCGAAGAAGGAGCCUCCACCGAAAAAGAGCGAGCGCUUUCCUCGCAGAAGAUAGAGCGGUUCACAUGCGAGAACUUGUUCUGGUGCCCGGAAACCGGAUACCACCCAGGUGGACGCAGAGCAGUCUUGUCUACUUACAUCUACGCUGCAGUACAUGGCGCCACAGAUCAAUUGCUUCCAGCAAGCUUCAAGUCUCUGGAGAGAGACCUGCGGCUAUCGCCCGUGGAACUGGGGACAGCAUCUUCAUGCGCUCGUAUAGCACAUGCGGUCGCCUGCCCGUUAUGGGGCUUGGCAGUUGAUUGCUGUGGACGCCGCAGGAUGUUCUCGUCCACCGCUCUCGGGUGGGGACUUACCAGUGCCUUGUUUUUUUUCAUCUGGAUGCCAUGGCAAGUGAUGCCACUCAUGUGCUUCACUGGCCUAUUUAUGGCAGCAAUGGGACCUCUUUCCCAAAAGGUCCUGGCUGACGAAGUGCCCACGGAGAGCCGUGGAUCCAGUUUCGGGACCAUGCACUUCUUCCAGUCCUUGGGUCGCAUUGUCUCGCUUCAAGCCGCGACAUCCGUCUCCGGCCUGUUCAUUCUGGGUGCUGAAGGAUGGAGAUACGCUUUCGCCACUUGUGGACUGGUCUCGGUAUUGCUCGCGAUCUCCUUAGGGCUAAGCGUACCAGACUCCACGGAACAAGUAAAACUCCAACAGUCUCGUGGCAUAAAGUGGUUCUCGCCCAAGGAGCUUUUGUACGUCAUGUGGAACGGAAGCUUCUGGUCGAUGCUUCUUGUGGGGAUACUGAACGGGAUACCCCGGUCUGCUUUAAACUUCUGCACGAUGUGGUUCCAGUACUGCGGCCUCACGGACUGGUGGUCGUCGUUCAUUGUAUCGGCGAGUUGGAUGGCCGCUAUGUUUGUUGCACCUUUUGUCGGGUGCAUGGGCGAUUAUGCGUCACGCCUCUCUCCUGACCAUGGACGACCCCUCGUGGCACAGGUUUCCCUUCUUCUUCGAUCCGGGUUGAUGGCGGUCAUGCUGACCUGUGUGCCCCUGCGCGCAUCGUCUUUCUGGAUCUUCCUGGUAUUGGCAGUCUUAAUCGGUUUUCUUGCCGGAUGGCCAGGCGUCGGUGUCAAUAGGCCAAUACUCUCGGAAAUAGUCAAGCCCCAGCACCGCGCGACGGUAUUCGCCCUGGUGUCAACAUGCGAAGGGGUCGGAGCGGCACUUCUUGGCGCCCCUCUGGUUGGCUUUCUAAGUCAGCAGGUCUUCGGAUACAUAAAAGUGGAUCAUUCGCAUAAGCUCGUCGAGCUGUCAGAGCUGCAGCGAGAAGGGAACGCAAGAGCGUUGUCGAUGGCAAUGCUCUGCAUGACAACAGGACCGUGGAUUGCGAACAUGUUGGUCUACUGCAUUCUUCAUAAGACCUACAAAAAGGAUAGGCACGUACAGACUCUCUCUCAGGGUGCUUCGCUGCAGAGCAGUCCGCCAUCCGCAGCGGACACUAACAAUCGGGAUUCAGGCCACUAUGCCUAA